AUGUCUCCACCGAUCGUACAAUGCUGCGACGUCUUCCGAAGACCAGCCAUAGUAGGAAGAGUCCAGCAGCAAGAUAAUGCAUCCACUCCGGCACAGACAGCUCCACAGCGGCGGUGGUACAUCUGUGUGUGUGACAAUCGUGUGUGUGCGUGUUCCGUGCUACAUGUGGUAGUGUGCAAUGACGUCAUACAUGCCCGCUUUUGA